AUGCACUUCUUGGGUACUUUCAUUGUCGCCAUUGCGGCGUGCUCCUCGUGUGUGUCCGGGGUGACAAUCCGCAAUUACCGCACGGCCACAUGCAAAGGCAACUAUGCGCAGUGCUCCAACGUUUCCACCAGAGAUUGUUGUGACCUGAGCCACAACAAUGUCUAUACCUCGAGUCUCUUUUUGGGCCUGCCCACCACCGCGAUAGGAGCCAUCUGCGCCCGCAAAGGAAACCUCAACUGCGGCACAAUCAAGAAGGCUGGGCACGGUCUGAGCCUGUGCCUGGCCAGCGGAAACUCCCGUGGUUCCUACUGGUUUGACUGCCGGUCCUGCCGUAAGCGUGACUUGAACGAUGGCUCCAUUGAUUCGGACUUGUUGGAGCAAGCCGAGAGCGCAACCGGGACGGUGACCCCAGAUAUUAUUGCUAUCGAGGGCCGCCAGUUCCCAAUCGGCGGAAACACCCCUCAGCAUGUCACCGAUGGUCUGAUUGAGCAUUUCAUUGCGGACGGUAACUACGCGGAUCUCCCGGAGGAGAUUAAGAGUUAUCAACUGGCUGAGUCUGUGGGGGAUGAAGACUUGCUGGGCAUCAAUCAACAGGCAGUCCUCCGAGUGCAGCAUAAUGCGACUGCGCUAGCUUGUGAAGAUGGCUUUUUAAAUGCGAUUCCUGCUGGCUUCGAACAAGUUUCGGUUUCUUUUGUGAAGGAUAAUCUGGCGGUCAUCCCUGGAGAAUGGGAGGCCGGUGGAAUCAAAACGCCAUUUUACGAUAUCCAGUCCGACCAGCCUCAUGUUCAAGAUGUCUUGAAAAAGAUCAAGGCGUCUGAUUUUAUCGCAUGGGAUUCUUCAUUCUUCGGUCUUAUAGGGGCAGGUGCAAAGCUUGAGAAAAUUCAGUCUUUUGAAGGACAGUCGCCUCGGGUUCAUGAAGCGCCCGCCUAUGUCCCGGAGACCAAUGAGUUGUUUUUUGCUGAUACAAGUGAGACGGGCUGGCUGUGGGCUGUUAACGUGGACACCUACGAGACGCGCAAGGUUGAAAGGUCCCCGCCUCUCCCCAAUGUCAAUGGAGGGCGAUAUCAUAAAGGGCGCAUAUACCUUACUACGAAUGGAAGCCCAGUUCGAGGAAUCUAUUCCGUUGAUCCCAAAGACGGCACCGCCGUACCAAUCUUGAACAACUUCCGCGGACGCCACCUCAACAGUCCGAACGAUCUUAUUUUUGACGCCGACUCAAACAUCUGGUUCACAGAUCCUCCAUACGGCUGGAACCAGGGAUUCUCGGGCGUGCAACCUCCAGAACUACCCAACGGGAUCUACUUUUUCAACACGAACACGAAAGCGCUUGUUUCCGUAUCAAACUCGGUCGUGACAACGCCAAAUGGCCUUGCAUUCUCUCCGGACGGUUCCACUUUUUAUGUUGCCGAUUCCAACUCGACCUCCGGCAAGCCCAUGAGCCAUUCUCCUUCUAGCGUGCGAAACGUGUGGGCGUUUGAUAUCAAGGGGUCAAUUCUGAGCAGCCCGCGCUUGGUAUACUCGACCGAGGCUGGUUGGCCUGAUGGACUUCAGGUGACUCGUAGGGGAUACUUGAUGGUGGCAGUAUUGGGAGGCGUGGACGUCGUCGAUCCUGCGUCUGGAAUCUUGCUGGGCAAGAUCAAUACCCCUGACGACAUCAUUUUCAAUUUGGAGCGAGGGCCUAGCCGAGGUGACUAUGGAAUGUGGCUUUUGACGGGGCAGAAUUUCAUUUACAAAGUGCUCAUCUAG